AUGGCUCAACCAUCCUCUGACAACUCUGAGGAAGACCUGGGCACCAACGAAACCGGGACCUCCAAAGUAGAGCCCUCUGAAACGGAGCCCUCUGAAACAGAGACCUCAGAAACGGAGCCCUCUGAACCGGAGUCCUAUGAUGCCGAGCCAAAGAAGGUGAAACAAAAGACAGCUAAGGGCCGCCGCCACCGUCACCGCCUCCGCCACCGCCGCCACCGCCGCCGCUGUCUGGACAACUUUGCAAGCUUCGCCACCUAUUUCCCCAGGGUGCUGAGGCAAGUGCACACAGGCCUGAGCCUUUCCCACGAGGCCGUGAACGUCAUGGAUUCGUUUGUGAAGGAUAUGUUUGAGUGGAUAGCCGAAGAGGCCGGGCACCUGGCCCGCUCCAACAAGCACUGCACUAUCACGAGUGGAGAGAUCCAGACAGCUGUGCAUCUUCUCUUGCCUGGGGAGAUCUGCAAGUACGCAGUGUCCGAGGCCACCAAGUCGGUCAUCAGAUACAACACCCGCAGAUGA